UAGGCCAGAUAAUGGCGAUUUCGGCAGGGUGUGUAAUAAGGCAACCUGCCAGCCACAGCAGUUCGCUUAGUACUUCCGAUCCUAUACAGUCAAGUAAAUACGCUAGUGAACGCUACUAUGGCCACCCAUAAUAGUCCGAGAGAUGGAAAUCGUUUGGCUGUUGCAACUACCAACAUGAGCAUCGACGACAUAGUUAAUGGUAUUAAUAGUGGUGAUGAAAAAAAGGAAAUUGCUGCGACCCACGCUGCGCGUCAAAUCCUAUGCGGGGAACGUAAUCCACCCAUUGACAUCCUCAUCAAUGCCAAUGUUGUUCCCAAGCUGAUAGAAUUCCUCAGCCGUGUCAGCAAGCCUGAUCUUCAGUUGGAUUCAGUCUGGGCUCUCACCAACAUCAUGGAUAAUGGCACACCUGAUCAGACCAAUGCUGUCGUUAGUGCUGGGGCUCUUGCUGGAAUAAUAUUUUUAUUGGGUUCACCUCAUCCAGUCGUGGCCAAGCAAGCAGUUUGGGCUCUCUGUAAUCUUGCCAAUCAUGGACCACAGUUACGAGAUGACUUACUUGAGCGAGGCAUCUUUAAGCCUUUGCUCGCCUCUAUUCAACCAGACAAUUCAUCCACGUUCUUGCGCCACGUCACCAAAAGUUUGUUAAACUACGCCCGUUCUGACGAGUAUCCUUUAACACUUACUGCCAUUCGACAGCUUAUUCCCGCCCUUGCCCACCUUAUCAACAACAACGAAGACGAGGAGAAUCUCGCCAUUGCUUGCUGGGCUCUGAUGUACCUCGAUGAUGGACCAUCCAACGGACGAAUCAUAGAAAUGAUUGACGCCAGAGUCGUCAUUCGGCUCUUAAAGUUGUUGAAACACGAUGAUGAGGACGUCCUCUUCGCCGCUCUAACGACAAUCGGCAAAAUCAUGACAGUCCGUCACGUCACACUUGACAAUUAUUUCGCUUUAGUUGUCUACCGGUUGCUGGCCGAAUUGCUUGUUCAUUCCGAGAUGGACAUCGUCAAAGAGGCUGGCAAAAUCGUAUCUAACCUUGCAGCCGGCAAUCCCGUUCAGAUCCAGACUCUCAUUCCCAAACACGUUGUUCUUCAUAUGCCUGACGUUCUGAGCGAAGGCUACUUCGACUUUGAUCUCCUUUUUACUGAACGACCUAGAAUUCCAAUGUUAACUUUGCUGUGCACUUUGCUGGAGGCCAAGGAACCCAAGACUAUUCUGGUCGUGUUGGAUGGCUUGGCUGUAUUUUUAACAGCAGCCGAGAAAAUGGACAAACUGAGGGAAAUGAACCUUCACGUGAAGAUGUGUGGUGGCCUGCAACUCUUCUUAUAUUUGGAUAGCCAGCACGAAAAUACUGAAAUUCAUCAAAAGUCGAUGGCCAUUCAAAUAAGACUUUUUUUUCUGGAUGAUGAUUUUCUGAUUUCUGGACACUUAGCCGCAAUUAGCGAAUUGCUUGAUUGACUUGUCCCAUGAUGAAGAGUCCAAUUUAUCUAAUUUUUUGGCGCCAUCAGCAUCGUAGAGUGGCAAUUACGAAUUCCACAACCAGCCAUCUCAAGUCCCUUGAAGGAUUUUUAUCAUUCCAAAUAUUUUAAUUUUUAAAAACUAAUUCUAUUUAUAAUCUAAAAGUCAAAUUCUAUUUGUAAUCUAAAACUCAAAUUUAUUUAUCUGCCUUUACAACGGUCAAUUUAUGUUUUCUUCACUUCCUUCAACGCUAUCGUAAUCAUAAGUUUUGGUCUUUUAAAGAUUUAUUUCCCAAAUUGUAUUUUUUUGCCAAGUUGCCAUUUGCUAUCAUUUCUGCGGAAACUUAUCAAUUGUUUAAGAGAUGGUCGUGUUUUCAUUACAUCCACGUAGACACAAAAGUAUAUCGAUAUAAAGAUUCUAUUAGACCACGACUCACUCAAGCUUCCUACAUGUAAUGAUCGUCCGUGAUUGCCACUUGUACACACACAUACACGUCGGUUUUUUUUUGUCUGGA